UCCUGGAGACUAGCUGAAUCCGGAAGUGAUCCCAGAGGACCGAGUUGCAGCUGAGGACCCCGGCGGCAGGCCCAGGUUCGGGACCAUGAGCUGGAUUCCUUUUAAGAUUACACAGCCCAAGAAACAGAUUGUUCCCAAAACAGUGGAGAGAGACUUUGAGAGGGAGUAUGGAAAACUCCAGCAGCUGGAAGAGCAGACCCGGAGGCUGCAGAAAGACAUGAAGAAGAGCACCGACGCCGACCUGGCCAUGUCCAAGUCUGCCGUGAAGAUCUCCUUGGACUUACUCUCCAAUCCCCUCUGUGAGCAAGACCAGGACUUUUUGAACAUGGUGACAGCCCUGGACACGGCCAUGAAGCGCAUGGACGCCUUCAACCAGGAGAAGGUGAACCAGAUCCAGAAGACUGUGAUUGAGCCCUUAAAAAAGUUUGGCAGCGUCUUCCCGAGCCUCAACAUGGCGGUGAAGCGGCGGGAGCAGGCCUUGCAGGACUACCGGAGGCUGCAGGCCAAGGUGGAGAAGUACGAGGAGAAGGAGAAGACGGGGCCAGUGCUGGCCAAGCUCCACCAGGCCCGAGAAGAGCUCCGGCCCGUGCGGGACGACUUCGAAGCCAAGAACAAGCAGCUCCUGGACGAGAUGCCGCGGUUCUACAGCAGCCGGCUCGGCUACUUCCAGCCCAGCUUCGAGUCCCUGAUCCGGGCGCAGGUCGUGUACUACUCCGAGAUGCACAAGAUCUUUGGAGACCUGACCCAACAGCUUGACCAGCCGGGCCACUCUGACGAGCAGCGGGAGCAGGAGAACGAGGCCAAGCUGAGCGAGCUCCGAGCCCUCUCCAUCGUGGCUGACGACUGAAUUCCCGUUGCUCUUGGAGGACUCCUGGGACACAGCCAGCUUUUCUAGUCCUUGCCCUGUCCAGGCAGGCUUGUGCUCCUCCCGCAGGCUGGGGUAGAGGUGGCCCCGGUCGGCCUCGGCAGCCUUGUGCAAUGAGCGUCUUCGCCCCCGAGCUGCAGCCUCCCCCACAGCCCCAGAUGCAGGUAAGCAACGUAGGAGAGCCCAGAGCUCCACUUCCAGAAUUACCGUCCAAAGUACAUCCAGGCCUAGGGCCAGAGCAGCCCUUCGGGGGGCGUGGGCUCCGCCGGCUCAGCCGAGGGUCUUCACCCUGCCUGCGUGGCGGGAUUGCAUCUACCUCCAGAGACCCCAGCCAGGGAGUCCAGCCCCUCGUUGCCUGUUCACUUCAAAGACUUUCCUAGGAGAGGCACAACUCCGCCUGGGGGACAGAAAGCAGACAGUCUGGUCCCACGCUGGGGUGAGCCCUGUGUCAUUCAAGUUCGCGAGGUAACUGGGACUCUAAGUAACUGCCCCACAUCAAUUCACAGGCCUCAGAGCAGAACUGUGGGUUUGUAUCUCACCUGGA